AUCACGUCGACGUCCAUUUCCUCCUCCACAGAACGCCCCCCUUUCCAGGAUUCUCCUCUUCCGCCUCCCCCCGAUCGCCGAUAAAACGGAAAGCAGUGGAUCGGACGUCACCAAAAAGAUCGGUGGGGAGACGAGAGAGAAAGGGGACGUGAAAGGCGAAAAGGGGGAGGAACUGGGAAAGCAGAGUAGUCGGGUGAAAGUUUCUCCCCGGGAGAGGCAGCUCGGCGGCAACGGAGAGAGGCCUUCCGCCUGCGGCCUGCGGCCUGCUCUACCGACUACCGUCGGUUCCAUACUUCCAUGUCCUUCUCCGUCUCGAGAUGAGGUUCUGAUGCCGGAAUCCUGCUUUUCCGGCUAUUUUACCGCCUGGGGGUUUCACGUUGAUGCGGCGUGGUUUCAAGUCCCCACUCCCUGAAUUCUGUCUCCACGGCUUCCAGUCAGACGCUCAAAGCUUCGCUCUACCAUCUCGCUGAAUUGCUUUUCGUCCAAUUUGGGCAGCUCGCUGUUGCUUGCAGGAGAUCGCUGCCCUUUCUUGGAUGCUGCGGAGGUCUACUGCUGUGUUCGGUGGUGAGGUCUGCUGCUGCCCUGCAAGAGGAGGAAAUUGUUCUUUGGCUCAUUCUCUGUCACAAUGGACGAUGGAGCUGACCUCCCCUGCCAAUUGCUCUUCUCCCACCCGGAGGUGCCUGGCAGUUUCGACGAGCUCUUCAACAGCGCCACAACGACCUGCACCCACACGCACAGCUGCAACCCUCCCGGCCCGUCGGGCCCCAUGCACACCCACACGUGCCUGCACACGCACACCCAGGUCCUCGCCGGAGGCGCCGAGGGCGACGACGCCAGAGAGGACCCGGCCAAGCCACGGAGACCGUUGGGGAACAGGGAGGCCGUGCGCAAGUACCGGGAGAAGAAGAAGGCGCACGCGGCUUUCUUGGAGGAGGAGGUCAAGAAGCUCCGAGCCGCCAACCAGCAGCUGCUGGGGAGGCUGCAGGACCAUGCCGCACUGGAGGCAGAGGUGAUGAGGCUCAGGAGCCUCCUGCUCGAUGUCCGUGGUAAGAUUGACGCCGAGGUCAGCGCGUCCCCUUUCCAGAAGCCGUGCAGUGUUGGCUCUGUGGUCUCUGCUGAUCCUGCUCCGUGCUUCAAUGGCAACUCUGAGGUAGCAGGAGCCUGGGAGGAGAGCUCCAUACCAUCGGCUGCAGAUUGCAGGAUAGAUGAAGGCGGUGGUGUGUCACGAGAAAUUGAUGUUCCAGAAGGUUUGCAUCAUUCCAUGGAUGUUGUUGCAAACUUUGUGGGUUCUGAUUCUCUAGCUGAAUGAGCGCUUGCCUGAUUGGCAGUUUUUUUUUUAACCUCUGCCAGCUUCUUUGAUCUUACUUCAGAGAUCAAUUCUCAUGGAAUAAAGAAUGAGGAACUGACUAUAGAAUAGAAGUGUAGAACUAUCUUUAGAUGUACUAUAUGUUUCUUAUGUUGAUGUUCAGUGUGGACAGUGUACAGACUUGUUGUAUAGUAGCACUGGAAAUUUAAAAACUGCCAAUAUCUAAGACAUUCUACAAAAUUCUUUGCCGGCAUGUCAAAUUGUCAAAUAAGUGUAAUUGAUUUCUGAUUUGGAA